AUCACGCCGUCGGGUCAGACACGCUAGAGAGAGAAGGAGAGAAAAGAGAGAGAGAGAGAGAGAAUUCAAAAUCUUCCGCAGCUUCUGCCGUUUUCUCGCCUUGCCUCCGGAAAAUCGCCGCCGGCGCGCGUGCCGCCCACCCUCCGCCGCCUCCCGCCGCUCUACCCCCCGGCGAAUGGCCAGGGCGCCGCCGCUGUCGACGCCGGCUAGGGUCUCGCGCCUCUCCUCCUCCUCCUCCCCGCCUCCGCCUCCGCCUCGACGACUGAGCCCCGCCCGGCCGGGACCGACCGCGGCCGCGUGAUCACCGGGCGGGCGGCUCGCCGUUGGAUGAUCGUCGCCGCGGCGGCGGCGGUGGCGAGGAGAGAUGGCGGCGAGGGGGCUGGGGUGUUGCCACCUGGUGGAGAAGCUGAGGAGGAUCGCGCGGACGGCGUUCUUCGUGGUGGCGAUGGUGGCGUCGCUGCUGGCGUCGUCGCUGCCGGUGCUGGUGGCGGUAGGGGACGUCGUCGUGCCGUGGAUGUUGGUCCCGAGCUUCACUUGCGUGAGUUGCUACGGAUUUAGGGAGCAUUUGAGGCGAUAUUCGUUCAAGAGCUCUUUGACGGACAUUCCAUUGGUUUCGAUCGUUAGAUCUCUGAUCAUCAUGUGUGUUUAUGCGAUGUGCGAUGGUCCUGCUCUCUCUCAUGGGCCUUAUUUGGGAACCGUUACUCUGUCCUCCGUCAUCUCUAUCCUCGUUCUUUCGGUCAAGGCUUGUGUUUUUUCUAUAAACUCUCAAAUGCAAGCUGAAGUUCCAUCUUCCCCGGCGAGGCAGAAACUUCAUUUUAAGAAGUCAUGGGGCAUGCCUGUCUUGUUCCUGUCUUCGGUCGUAUUUGCUUUGGGCCAUACUGUGGUUGCUUAUAGAACCAGCUGCCGGGCACGGAGGAAACUUUUAUUUCACCGAGUUGAUCCUGAAGCAGUUCUUUCCUGCAAAACCAUUUUCUCCGGUUACCAAAAGGUCCCGAGGUCACCGACUCCAACUGCUGGGAGGACGCCAAAAAGUGACUCUGAAAUGAGGCAGAGGCCAAUGGAGUCCGCUUAUGGCGAAGGUGAUUUACCAAUCAGAUUCCUCACGGAUGCUGACAGCUUAUUUAUGACGUGCCAAGGGCUUACUGUCCAUUAUAAACUCUGCUUGCCAAGUUCACCAUCUCAUGUUUUGUCCCUGGCUGCCUUCUCUGAGCCCAAUGUUAACUGCACCUCGCCGCGAACAGUGAUGGGUCGGCUAAAUAUUGAUAGGCAGGCAUUUAGUGCUUUGCCAAAAUCUCAAUAUCUUCAGAGGAGCUAUAGCAGUCAAUUCAACACUUCCUCGCUGUAUUCUCCACUUUUGGAUAGCUCUGUACCUUAUCCUAUUCUUGCUGAAGAAAUUCCUGCAUUGAACCUGGAUGAUGCUGAUGUGGACAACCGAGCAAAAAAUUUGAACUCAACUUUUGGGCAAGAUUCCAAUAGUGGUCAAUUUGGGAUAGUCUUGAUACAUGGAUUUGGAGGAGGAGUCUUUUCCUGGAGGCAUGUUAUGGGAGUGCUUUCACGGCAGGUCGGUUGUACUGUUGUCGCUUUUGACAGACCUGGAUGGGGAUUAACCUCCAGGCCACGACGCAAAUCUUGGGAGGAAGAAGAAAUGCCUAAUCCUUACAAGCUGGAGACGCAGGUUGAUCUCCUUCUUUCUUUCUGUUCGGAGAUGGGGUUCACAUCUGUGGUGCUUGUCGGUCAUGAUGAUGGUGGCCAGAUUGCCUUAAGGGCUGCACAAAAGGUUCAGGCAUCAUCAAAUUCUUUCAAUAUUGUAAUUGAGGGUGUUGUACUGGUAAGUGUCAGCUUGUCAAGAGAAGUUGUUCCUGGUUUUGCGAGGAUCCUCUUGCAUACUUCCUUGGGCAAAAAGCACUUGGUUCGUCCUUUGUUGCGAGCAGAGAUUGCUCAAGUGGUGAGUCGUCGUGCAUGGUAUGACUCAAGGAAGAUAGCGCCAGAGUUUUUCAGCCUCUACAAGGCGCCACUGUUUGUAGAAGGUUGGGAUGAAGCACUUCAUGAGAUUGGAAAACUCUCUUACGAAUUUGUCCUGUCGCCCCAAUACGUGGCAGGCUUGCUCAAAGCAGUCGAAGACAUACCUGUGUUGGUUAUUGCAGGGGCUGAAGACGCCCUCAUUUCUCUCAAAUCUACCCAAUCUAUGGCAUCUAAGCUUGUAAAUUCUAGUCUGGUUGCAAUAUCCGGCUGUGGCCACCUUCCACACGAGGAGUGCCCCAAGGCAUUAGUGGCAGCUAUAUCACCCUUCAUAACCAAGCUCUUAUCAACAUCAGAAGCAGUGAAUCAAUAGGUUGUUGCUUCACAUUAUAAUAGAGAAAUAGAUGGUGUUAUCUAUUGUAGGGGGCUUUAAUUUUUCCUUUUCCCUUUCUUUUUUGGGUCAUACUCACCCCCAACAAGAGGAAGAGAAGAAAGUCUCUCCGGUGGGUAAUUUUGAUGUGUUAGCUUGAAGCCUUUUUGACUUUUUUUCUGUAGAGCAAUCUCCACCUCAUCUGUAAUUUUAUCUUAAUUCUUUUCACUUGAUUUUGGUGACGCAUAUGCUUGUGGGCAGUCAUUUGUCGCGACAGCACUGUAGAGUGAAAGCUACAAGGACCAAUACCUGGUCAGAUCAACUUGGACUUGAGAGUUGCAUGAAAUUCAUUUGUCUUGAUUCAAUUACCAGGUUUAGUA